AUGUGGAAACAAAGAUCUGGAGCUGACUGGUUGGAGGAAGGUGAUAGAAAUACGGGGUAUUUUCACAAGGUGGCUGAGGGAAGAAAGAAAAGAAAUCACAUUAAGGAAAUUCAGAAGUUGGAUGGUACCAUUACUCGCAAGAGUAGUGAGAUGGAGGAUAUUUUUAGAACUCACUUUCAAACGCUUUUUACGGCCGGCGCAAUCCAUAACCCUGCAGCGGUCCUAAGUUCCAUUGAACCGGUCGUAACUGAGGAGAUGAACAAAGAGCUAACCGCCCCUUAUACUCAGGAGGAGAUUGCUCAAACUCUUAAGCAAAUGCAUCCUCUUAAAGCUCCCGAACCUGAUGGUACCGAGUUUCAGCCUACCCGCGGUUUACGCCAAGGAGAUCCACUUUUCCCGUUUCUUUUCCUGUUUUAUGCUGAGGCGCUGUCUGGUUUACUACGGCAGGCUGAAACGCAUGAGCUCCUCCACGGGGCACGACUCUGUCGAACUGCUCCCAGAGUUAGUCACCUUUUGUUUGCUGACGAUUGCAUUGUGUUUGCACGAGCGAAUACUUCUGAAAUUGAAGUGAUUAGCGACAUUCUCCGCUGCUAUGAAGGUGCUUCCGGUCAGAUGGUCAACCGGGACAAAUCUAAAAUUUCUUUUAAUAGUAGUGUUUUGGGGGAAACAAAGUUACUACUGACAGACCAUCUGGGCGUCCAGUGCCAAGGUCAGAGAGGAUCGUAUUUGGGAAUUCCAAGUACGGUUGGACGAUCGAAAACAGAGAUUUUCCAGAUGCUUCUGGACCGCACCAGAAAGAAAUCUAAAGAUUGGAAACGUCGAUCUCUUUCGGGGGCGGGGAAGAUGGUGCUCAUCAAGUCGGUCUUGCAGUCUAUUCCGACGUACUUGAUGAGUUGUUUUGCUAUUCCAGACCAGGUUUGGCGUCUGGCUCAAAAUGAUACUUCACUCUUGGCACGUUCUCUCAAAGCAAGAUAUUACCCUCGUUCUGACACCUUCCUUGCUAGUAAAGCCCAUAAUCCAUCUUUUGCUUGGACUAGCUUACUAGUACGAAGAAAGUUAUUGGAAGAAGGUAUGGCAUGGCGUUUGGGUGAUGGUGCUAGAAUUCGUAUGGGGCUGGACAGAUGGCUUCCUGAUGGACAAGGAAAUUAUUGCAAAGCGUCGGUUCCAAGGGGUUGUGAAAAUGUUCGGCCUUCCUCUUUAUUAAUGGAGAAUUCCUACGCUUGGGAUAUGGGUAAGUUGGCGGAGAUGCUUCAUGCGAAUGAUGUCUGGAAAAUCUCUUCCAAUCUUGUUGUUGUUUCUUCGAAACAAGACAGGUUUUUCUGGCCCCAUGGCAAAGGCAACUCGUACUCGGUGAAAUUGUUCUUGUGGAAAUGUUUGUCUGGAGCUGUUCCAACUGCCCAAGGUUUGCGAAGCCGAUCUAUUGAUGUUGAUCCGUUGUGUCGCCGGUGUGGGGAAGAGAUUGAAUCUGUGGAACACGUUUUAAGAGAUUGUAAAUGGGCUGGUUUCUUGUGGGAAGUUUCUCCCCUUCGGAUCAUUCCAAAUUUUCUUGAGAGGCAUCGCCAAAUCUCUGACUGGUUUGAAGUGAUUCGUAGCUUCCCCAUUAAGGAACUCCACGAGUCUUUUGCUAAUAUUGCAUGGAGUAUCUGGUACGCGCGGAAUAUGUUUAUGUUUCAAAACAAAGAACUUUCCCAUAUCGAUUGUCUCUUGGUUGCACAGCGGGCAGUUUGGACUAAACGUAUUUGUGAUCCUCCAGCCCAAGCCAAACCAAACAGUGUCACUUGUAGCCGUAGAGGACAAAUUAAAAUCUGGUGUGAUGCGGCGGUGGAGGGUGCUGCUGGUAUGGGUUUUGGUAUUCUUUAUCAGGAUCAUGAUCAUGAGGGUCGGUCUAUUGGUUAUAGUUUUGGUUUCUUCCCUGGGAUUUUCUUGCCAGUAGAAGCAGAGGCUAGAGCAGUGUUGGAAGGAAUCACUUUGUGUAAGGAAAGAGGUUUUCAAGAUGUCAUUGUUGAAAUGGAUUGCCAAGUGCUUUAUUGGCUCCUUGAAAAACAUGAACUCGAUCUCUCUUAUUUGGGGAAUACGCUCGAAUCUAUUUACUCAUUGGCUUCGGAUCUCCAUCAACUUUAUUUCAGUUGGACACCGCGUGAUGGCAACGUCAGUGCAGAUAGUCUUGCUCAUUUUGCUUUACGUUCUCGCAGCUCUCUUAGUUUUGUUGUUGGCUUUCCUUCAAUGUUAAACUCUCCCUUUGUUUAG